CCGGUCCCGGAAGUGCCCUGGCCUCCCGGAAGUGCCGCAGCGGCUGACAGAGCGGCUGACGGAGCCGGGCUCGCCAGGUGGCUGCCGCGAGAGGGUUGCCGUGCUGGGGCCUGGGGGGCGGCUGGAGGCUUGAGUGGGGCUCGCGGCGGGGGUCGGCAGGGGGCCGGGUGGCGGAAUGAUGGAGGAGGAGGAACUGGAGUUCGUGGAGGAGCUGGAAGCCGUGCUGCAGCUCACGCCCGAGGUGCAGCUGGCCAUCGAGCAGGUGUUUCCAAGCCAGGACCCUCUAGAUCGAGCAGAUUUCAAUGCUGUCGAAUAUAUCAACACCCUGUUCCCAACAGAGCAAUCUCUGGCGAACAUAGACGAAGUCGUGAACAAAAUUAGGCUGAAAAUAAGGAGACUGGAUGACAAUAUUCGAACUGUUGUAAGAGGCCAGACGAACGUGGGGCAGGAUGGACGGCAAGCACUGGAAGAGGCUCAGAAAGCCAUCCAGCAGCUCUUUGGCAAAAUCAAAGACAUCAAAGACAAAGCUGAAAAGUCAGAGCAAAUGGUGAAAGAAAUCACCCGUGACAUUAAGCAAUUAGAUCACGCCAAACGCCACCUGACCACCUCAAUCACCACGCUGAACCACCUGCACAUGCUGGCAGGAGGUGUCGACUCCCUCGAAGCCAUGACCAGGCGAAGACAAUACGGAGAAGUUGCUAAUCUCCUUCAGGGUGUGAUGAAUGUCCUGGAACACUUCCACAAGUAUAUGGGGAUUCCACAGAUCCGGCAGCUUUCUGAAAGAGUGAAGGCUGCGCAGACUGAGUUAGGACAGCAAAUCCUGGCCGAUUUUGAAGAAGCGUUUCCUUCCCAGGGCACCAAGAGACCCGGAGGACCCAGCAAUGUUCUACGAGAUGCAUGUCUGGUUGCUAAUAUUCUAGACCCCAGGAUCAAACAGGAAAUCAUCAAAAAGUUCAUUAAACAGCAUUUGUCAGAGUAUCUAGUACUUUUUCAAGAAAACCAAGAUGUUGCCUGGCUGGACAAAAUCGACAGACGCUACGCCUGGAUAAAACGCCAGCUUGUGGACUAUGAGGAGAAAUACGGCCGCAUGUUUCCACGUGAAUGGUGCAUGGCUGAGAGGAUUGCGGUGGAGUUUUGCCACGUGACAAGGACGGAACUUGCCAAGAUUAUGCGUACCAGAGCGAAGGAAAUUGAAGUGAAAUUGCUUCUUUUUGCUAUUCAAAGAACAACUAACUUUGAGGGGUUUCUCGCAAAACGCUUCUCUGGCUGCACCCUGACCGAUGGGAGCCUGCAGAAGAAGCUUGAGUCUCCACCCCCAUCUACCAAUCCCUUCCUGGAAGAUGAGCCAGCACCAGAGACGGAGGAACUGGCAACGGAGAAAGGAGAUUUAGAUCAGCCAAAGAAGCCUAAAGCCCCAGACAAUCCAUUUCAUGGCAUUGUUUCCAAGUGUUUUGAGCCUCAUCUCUACGUGUAUAUCGAAUCCCAAGACAAGAACCUUGGAGAGCUGAUAGAUCGGUUUGUGGCUGAUUUCAAAGCCCAGGGGCCACCUAAGCCCAACACUGAUGAAGGGGGUGCCGUGCUCCCCAGCUGCGCUGACCUCUUUGUCUACUACAAGAAGUGCAUGGUGCAGUGCUCUCAGCUCAGUACGGGGGAGCCCAUGAUCGCCCUGACCACCAUUUUCCAGAAGUACCUCCGAGAAUACGCCUGGAAAAUCCUCUCUGGCAACCUGCCCAAAACCACAACCAGCAGUGGAGGGCUGACCAUCAGCAGCCUCCUUAAGGAAAAGGAGGGCUCAGAAGCAGCCAAGUUCACUCUGGAGGAGCUCUGCCUCAUCUGCGGCAUCCUGAGCACAGCAGAGUACUGCCUGGCCACCACCCAGCAGCUAGAAGAAAAACUCAAAGAAAAAGUGGAUGUAAGUCUGAUUGAACGAAUCAAUCUGACUGGAGAGAUGGACACGUUCAGCACCGUCAUCUCCAGCAGUAUUCAGCUGCUGGUUCAGGAUCUGGAUGCCGCCUGUGAUCCUGCCCUGACGGCCAUGAGCAAGAUGCAGUGGCAGAACGUGGAGCACGUUGGGGACCAGAGCCCCUACGUCACCUCUGUCAUCCUGCACAUCAAGCAAAACGUCCCCAUCAUCCGUGACAACCUGGCCUCCACACGCAAGUACUUCACUCAGUUCUGCAUUAAAUUUGCAAACUCCUUCAUUCCCAAAUUCAUCACCCACCUCUUCAAGUGCAAGCCAAUCAGCAUGGUGGGAGCAGAACAGCUGCUGCUGGACACCCACUCGCUGAAGAUGGUCCUGCUCGAUCUCCCCUCCAUUGGCUCGCAGGUGGUGAGGAAGGCACCCGCCAGCUACACCAAGAUUGUUGUCAAAGGCAUGACCCGGGCUGAGAUGAUCCUCAAGGUAGUGAUGGCCCCUCAUGAACCGUUGGUGGUGUUUGUUGACAACUACAUCAAACUCCUCACAGACUGCAACACAGAAACCUUCCAGAAGAUACUGGACAUGAAGGGGCUGAAGAGGAGCGAGCAGAGCAGCAUGCUGGAACUCCUGCGCCAGCGGCUCCCCGCACCACCCUCAGGGGCGGAAAGCUCCGGCUCGCUGUCCCUGACGGCACCCACACCGGAGCAAGAGUCGUCCCGCAUCCGCAAGCUCGAGAAGCUCAUUAAAAAGAGACUGUAGCAGCAGCAAGGGGCCCUUGCUCUGGCCGGCCACCCUCAGCACCCCGUUCCCCAGAAGCCCCCGACCCCUCCUGUGCUCCCGGCACUCUCACAUCGUCGGUCUUCACGCUUUCGGGGACAUGUGGGUUGUAAGAGUCUCUCCCAGGCCCUGUCUCACUUCCUGCCCUAAUCGGAGAUGCUGAGCAAGGGCUGGGCUCUGAGGGCGGUUUCGACGAUCUCUGGUUCCCGAAGCAGAGGCAGCAGUGGGGGGAAGGUCCCUCAGCUGCCCUUGACUCAUGUAGCCUCCCCAUGGCAGUCGCACCGUCUGACACACGGGCCCCACCGUACACCCACCCGUCCAGGCAACCUGAACAAGGAUGCCUGGGUCUCACUCCUCCUCCCUCCGUCCUCCCUCCCUCCUCCCUCCGUCCUCCCUCUCUCUGUGGCCGGCCGAGGUUUCCCCUUCUGCCAGAGCUGUUUCCUCUCCCAUCUCUGGGCUUGGCCCUAGGGCCUGAGUUAAUGAAGUGGCAGGUGACAGGCUUUUCAUGGAGGCUGUGGGACCAGGCGUAUUCCCACGGAAAUCCCAGUUUCCUGGCCCAUAUUUUGUUUCUGAUGCUUGUCAUGACCUUAUAUGACCAGUUACCCCUGUGUUCCCGCGGUUUCUCAGUUGUCUGCAAAGGAGCGAUGUCUCUGUCUGUCACCCAGGAAGGGGCGUAUGUGCCAGGCCUUCAAGCAGGUGUCCUGUCUGCCCUGGGGCUCCUGAUUUGGGUAAGGGCAGACCCAGAUCUGACAGUGGCUUUGCCUGGCACACUCGCCAGGCUGUGUGAGCAGAUUCUUUCCUUCUUUUUUUUUUUUUCUUUUAGAGACGGGGUCUCUGUCACCCAGGCCGGAGUGCAGUGGCACGAUCUAGGCUCACUGCAACCUCUGCCUCCUGGGUUCAAGCAGUUCUCCUGCCUCAGCCUCCUGAGUAUCUGAGAUUACAGGCGUGAGCCACCGCGCCCAGCCCCUUCCUCCAAUUCGUUACUCCCACUCUGCUCCUGGCUUCUAGGGAAGGGAAACCAGGAAGUUCGCUUGGAAAACGUUUCCUAGGCUUUCUCAUCCGAUGAAGCCAUGGGAACACUCAGAAGUCCAUCCCCUCGAAUCCCUUUCUGCCCACUCAUCUUCAGGUCCACAGCACUUGCCAGCGUCAUCUGAAAUAGCAAAGGUGAUGUGCAGUGUCCCAUUUGUAUGUUCCUGUGUCAUGAGAAGGAGCCCGGGGUUCUGCGUUCCUGUGUCAUGAGAGGGAGCCCGGGGUUCUGUGUUCCUGUGUCAUGAGAGGGAGCCCGGGGUUCUGUGUUCCUGUGUUACAGGAAGGAGCCCGGGGUUCUGUGUUCCUGUGUUACAGGAAGGAGCCCGGGGUUCUGUGUUCCUGUGUUACAGGAAGGAGCCCGGGGUUCUGGAUGCCUCAGGAACAGAAUAUGGACCUUAAACACCAGGCUGAGAGCCUGGCCUGGCACGCAGCCUGCCCCCGCCUGCCCUUGCUGUCCACCACGGGCUCUCUGUAGCAGGGCUUGCCGAAGAGAGUGCUCCCGGCCUCUCCCAUCAUCCUGCAUCCAGAGAACAGGCAGCAUAUCGAGCUGUUACCCUGAUUCACUCGGUUCCCUUGAAGCCAAGCCUCAGUUAACCAUGACCACAGCUACAGCCAACCACUGUUGUUGCUGCCCGCUUUUGCUCAAGAAUGAUAUCUUGACAGGCACAGUGGCUCAUGCCUGUAGUCCCAACACUUUGGGAGGCCAAGGCAGGAGGAUCGUUUGAGCCCAAGAGUUCAAGACCAGCCCGGGCAACAUAGAGACCUCUACAAAAAUAAAAAUUUGCAAGGUGUGGUGGCAUGCACCUGUAGUCCCAACUGCUAGGGAGGCUGAGGUGGGCAGAUUCCUUGAGCUCAGUAGUUGGAGACCAGCCUGGGCAACCUGGUGAGACCAAAAAUAAACUUGACCGGGCGUGGUGGCUCACACUUGUAAUCACAGCACUUUGGGAGGCUGAGGCGGGUGGAUCACCUGAGGUCAGGAAUUCGAGACCAGCCUGGCCAACAUGGCAAAACCCUGUCUCACCUAAAAAUACAAAAAUUAGCCGGGUGUGGUGGCGGAUUCCUGUAAUCCCAGCUACUGGGAAGGCUGAGGCAGGAGAAUCACUUGAACCCGGGAGGCGGAGGCUGCACUGAGCGGAGAUCACGCCACUGCACUCCAGCCUGGGUGACAGAGCAAGACCCUGUCUCAAAAAGUUUUCAGGACAGAGGAAAUUUCCUGAAAAUCCGUAAAACUCGUAACAGCCAUACAGUAGGAACAAGGUUUGAAAAUCUGCCUGGAAACCUGAUGUCCUCGUCCCCACCUUGUUUCCCAGCAUAGCCACUGCUCUGUGCCCCUGCCCUCUCUGCCAGCCCUUCUCCCCGACGCCAUCCGGCUCUGAUCCUGAGCCUCAUUUCUUCAUCAGCUUCCAGAAUGUCCUUGCUAGCCGGUACGACUCUCAUGCAUCGAGCAUCUCAAAUUCGAGAAUGUGGAGGAGAAAAUAAGUGGUGUGAGGAGGGCGUGCAGCCUUUAGUUGAGGUCUGUGAGGAAAAGAUUCCAAAUAAGACAAGGGCAGGGAGGGGGUCGGGAGAGCCCCUGGGAAGCCCUGUAGAAGGCCCCCCAGCCCACGGGGCUUCUGUGGUAACGCAGCCUGAGCUGUACAGUUGAGAAGGGGCGGUGGGGCCCAUCUCCAAAUAGCACAGCCGGUUCAGCCGUCUGUCCUCGACCCGGGAGAGCUGGGAAAGCCAGUGGACUCCCGCACCUGGUUCUUGUCACUCCCAGCGUUUGUGUACAGAUCCCCACUUCUCUUUUUGGUUCGUUGGUGAGGAGUCGUUUUCCGGAUGAUUCCAUCACGGCAUCGAGCUGUCAAGCUCCUGUUCUCCACAGUUGGUGGUCACAGCCAGGGAAGUUGCUGCCUUGAUUUGUUACAUUGUCAGUAAUCCCCACGGAGCCGAUGGAUGUCAGUAGGAGUUCUGUUCAGUGUCUCCUUGAUGGGGACUGAGUACUCUGUAAA